AUGGCUCCUCGCGCACCGAUAUGGCGCAGGCUGUUGGUUGCCUUGACCACCCAGUUUGAGAAGGUGUCAAAAAGCGUGUACGAUUGUGAGAAUAGAAGACCUUGUUUAGCAUGGUCCGAUUCACUCAAGAAACAUGCUGUCACUGGUGAUGUUUUGAUUCAUCUUGAUAAUGAUCUCUUGAAAGAUAUGGGAGUGAAUUCAGUUGGAAAAAGGUUAACAUUGCUUAAAGCGGUUUAUAAGUUGAAAUUAAAAGAAGAUAUUCCAAUUGAUGAAGGACAAUGGGUACCUCCUUCUGGAGAUGUCGAUUUGGAUGAAUUUGAUGAAUCACUCUCAUCCUCUUCUCAAUCAAAUGCUUCACAGCAUUAUUCCAUCAUGCGACUCAUUCAAUCAAGAGAUCAUAAAAUUAGUCUGCUUGAAUCUGAGAUUAAAUCUAUCAGACUUGAUCUUCAAGCGUUUCUUACUGCAAGUUCAACUCAUCAAACUCGUCAAGUUGUUCCAAGUAAUCCACCUUCUCCUAUCACCACAUUCGAUGGUGAUCGUCAUCCUCGAGAUGAACCUUCAUCUCAAUCCGCUAAUCCUGAUCAAUCUACUCGUUCACCCCGUCUAGAACUUUCACCUCCGUCUGAUCCUACGCUAAGCCGAUCACUGAGUUUGAAAAAACUCACAGGUCGUUCGAUCAACACAACAGACCAAAACUCAUCAUCUUCCACCUCAACCACACCUACCAACGAUUCCAAUCCGAUCCAAACUCAAACUAAUCUCAUCCCGAUCCCUAACCCAAACCAAGCCUUAUCUAAUGCAUUUCCAAGUCCUAAUCCAUCUCAACUCAUUCCUCAUCCAACUCCGACUCCCAAAGAGUCAACGCUAACUUCAACUUCACCUACAAGUUCAAAAGAAAAAGAAAUUCAUAAUCCUUAUAAGAGUUUCAGGGUCACACUUGAAGAUCCUUGUUAUAAGGUUCUUCCAGCUGCUUUGAAGAAGUAUAAGAUCAAGGAACAUUACAAGAACUAUGUUUUAUUCAUUUGCUAUGGAAAACAAGAACGAUGUCUAUCCUACGAAGAGAAACCGUUGUUAUUGUUCCAGAAACUGAAGGAAGCAAAUCAGAACCCAGUCUUUACACUUCGACAUAUCAAAGACAUCGAAUCUCCCAUCUCUAUUGCACUUUCUAAACAAGCCCAACGUCGUGAUCAAAUCCAAAAGAAGACCGCCGCUGGAGUAGGAGCUCCAAAGGUUAGCAAAAGGGCAGGUGCAAAUAAUGUGGGAGCGGUGGAACCGACUACAGGAUUCUGUGUAGCGAUUUACCCUUAUAUGUCGGAAGGUGAAGAAGAUUUUGAUGUGGGAGUUGGUGAUACGUUUUUGAUUGUUGGAAAGUCAAAAGGAUGGUGGGUCGUACAUCGAGAUGAUGGAGAUGGAAAGAUUAUUGAAGAUAAAACACCAGGAUGGGUUCCAUCUGGAUGUGUACUUGAAACUAAACAUUCCUUUUCGACUUCCAGAAUCACUUAUUCAACUCCGAUCUUACCUGGACAUAUCUUGAGUGUUUCGAGUUGUACAAACGCAUUGAUGGAUUAUAAAGCUAAAGGUGCUGAUGAAUUAAGUUUGACUCAAGGUGAUUCACUGAGGGUUUACAAAAAGUAUAAUAAUUGGUCUUAUGCAAUUAAUGAAAGUCAUCCAGACAAAUCAAGAGGUUGGACUCCAUCUUGGUUAGUUGGAGGUAGAAAGGAAUCCGGUUCGAGUACGACGUCCGGUAGUACUACUACUUCUUCAUUAAAACCUCAACCGUCUUGUUCAAGUUUAAAUACGAUCACCAAAGAAUCCAUCUUAGGUGGUAGUGGAGUUGGUUCUUCUAAUUUAGAGAUCAAUGAAACUAGUCAGGUUAAUAAUCUUACACCUGAAGUUGGAAUCGAAUUGGGUGUGAAUUAA